AUGUCUGACUCUUGUUACAACGCACAACUUCUUUUUCUUUUCCUUCAUCAAAAAUCACAAAAUGUUCUACACUUUUUUCGCUGUCCACAUUUCAUCUUUCAAAGUUUCGCGUUUCGUUCUACCAACAUGAUUGCAAAAACAAACUUGUAUCCAGGCACUAAUAACUAUAGCACCUGUUUUAUAUGCCUCGUUCCAAUUCCAAAUUCCAUGCUAAAAUCACAUUUCGUUCUUGGCCGUGCUGAUAAGGAUAACUGCCGCGGUAGAUGAGGUGAUGUUUGUCUAGCUCUUCUUCUUCAUUGAAAAGCUGUGUCACAUUCACGUCUCGGCUUUUUGAUGUUCUCCUACGUGCUUUCAUCGCUCACUGCAAGUUUAAGGGGAAAAACUUACAGCUAGCGGUUCUAAUUAGAAAAAGGCUGAGAAGGCUAUGCAUGGACGAUAGUUCGUAGUAGUGGUGGCCAGAGAAUGCCAUUUGAUACACGAGUAACAAGUGCAAGAGUUUUCUUUUUCAGUUAAACAUACGUUUCAUUUUAUUUAUCAUGAUCAUUUUUUUUUACACCUUAAACUUCUGAUUUUACGUACCCUGACCUUGAACCACGUCCCAACUCACCUGUUUUCAACUGUCCUCAAUUCAUGCUGCGACCAUUCUACCGAGAGUCAUGUACAUCUUCUACCCAAAUCGAAUAUAGAAUGAUGUAUGUGCCUCGCUGGAGGAUUGUGCGCAGUUCUGAAGAGACUACCCGAGAUGAUCAUGCCUGCGAACCCCAUCCGUAACCCGGGCGACUCUUUUGAUCCGACGUAGAUGUUUUUCUAGAACCAAAGAGCACCAUUAAGAGUUGGAACAGCCUCGCACUCUCAAUUCGAAAGUUUUAAGUUUCUUGUAUCCCAUGAUUGUAGAAGUCCUAUAAUUCCUAGUGCUACUACCUCGGACGCGCUCUUGCACCACCUAAACACUUUGCCAGUCGGUAGGCGUAGAAACUAACAGUGCCUAUACGAGGACACGAAGCUUGUCUCGCAGGAAAGGCGCGAAUAUAUUUACUUCUUCCUUUUUUCUGUAGUGCGUUACUGCUAAGUAGGCGUUUCUUUCGUGGGAUUUUGAUGAGUCUACGAGAUACCAAUAAGCUUUUUCUUCUUUCGAGAAGCGGAAACUAUCUGGAAAGUUUGCUGGUUAUUACAUAAAGCAAUUUCACUACCACUGCAAGCCGCGGACCGUAGCAGAAAAGGAACUGCUGACAACACCACAUCCUGACCAGGAGUCCUCAAUCCACAACGACAAAUGUGCCACGAAGGAUUUCUCGUUUAGCAGUUCAUAGCUUGUUCAUCUAAAAGCCGACUAGGCAACAGCAUGGGAAUCAAAAUACUUAAAUCUUCAUCAAACAAGCUACCCCAACAAGAACUUCACAUGGAAAAAAAGUAUAGCCUACAUCUCCUCAACCACCCGGAACAACUCCCG